AUCAACAGGAGAAAGAAGAAAUAUCCUAAAGAUGUAGUAAUAUUACAUGGUGUCGGACGUGGUCCUUAUUGUCCUAGCUUAUCUCCCUUUGUUCUCAAAGUUGAAACGUAUUUCAGAAUGAAUAGAAUACCAUAUCAGUUAGAACCAGGGUUUGAAAUGUCCAGUAAGGGUAAAAUACCUUGGAUAGAAUAUAAUGGAGAAAUUAUCAACGAUUCUUCCUUCAUUAUACAAUACUUUAACAAGAAACUAGGUAUAGAUCUAGAUAGAAGUUUAUCACCCAGAGAAAGAGCUAUUGCCAGGGCUUUCCAAAAAAUGAGUGAAGAAAACCUAUUGUGGGGUUUGGCAUUAUGUCGUUGGGUUUACAAGUAUGAAUCUUACAAAUGGAUGGGUAUCCCAUGGUUAUUGUGUAAAAUGGUUGGGCGUACGGUGAGGAAAAACGCCUUUGGUCACGGAAUAGGCCGUCAUACCCAACAGGAAGUACUACAUAUCAUGGAGGCUGACAUUCAGGCUCUUUCUGAUUUCUUAGGUAAUAAGAAGUUUUUGAUGGGUGAUGACCCAACUGAAGUAGAUAAUUCUAUUUUUGGAAUUUUGUCUCAGAUGAUGUGGCACUCUGUAGAUCAACCAGGGGAGAUGCUGAUCAAAGGUGAGAAAUAUCCCAAUCUACGUGAUUAUUGUACACGAAUGAAAGAAUUAUUCUGGAAAGACUGGAAUGACUGUAUCACACACGGAGGAACAAGGGAGGCAACUAGAUAG